AUGGACAAAGUAGCCAACGAUCGCAAAGAACCACGAGGAGCGGAGUACAAUUUAUCAACGGAGUUUCGAGAGCUCUGUAUGGCCUGUCGAAAGGGCGACCUUGAACUAGUGGACACGUACAUAGCUUCAGGCAUCGACUUGAACCAGAUGGACGAGUGGGAUUAUUCUCCGUUGAUCUUGGCCUCGAUCUGUGGCCAUGAAGAUGUCGUGAAGCUUCUUCUUGAAAAGGGAUGUCUUGUUAGCCGUGAUACUUUUGAGGGAUCACGUGCCAUCUACGGUGCGCUCACUGACUCCAUCAGAACCUUAUUACUUACUUAUGAUAUCAGCAAGGCUGUUGACGUGACCCAGCCGUUUGCCUCACAUAUCUCGGCGAUGCUUUUGAAGCCCAAGUUCAUAACCUCGGACAUGCUAUUGCGACUUCCUGGAGGAGAUUCGAUUUCUGUUCAUAAGUUCAUGCUUAUCGCCAUGUCUGAUUUCUUUAAGGGCAGCAUUGAAGAUCUGGUAUGUAAAUCAGGUUUAAUGAAUCUGCUAACUACGACUAUCAGUAAUGAAGGAGAUGACUCCAGCUGGCGAUUUAUUGUGGACUAUAUAUAUUUAGUACCUAAGCUUGAACUGGAGUCUGUAGACAUAGAAAACCUUGUGUCGUUGGCGAGGCUUGUGGGCCUACCGGAUCUUGCUACUGCUUCACAGAGAAUCAUGAAGCAGAAGACCAUAACAGAACAGUUGAGGGUGAAGAAUGAGGUUCAGAGGCAGAUGUGUGAGAUUGCACGGGGGAAAAUGAAGAAGUUUGUUUGCAGUGAAGUUAUUGAGAAGAAACUCCUUAUAGAUAAGGAACAAGACACUGACGACAGACUCUAUGCUCUAGAUGCUAUUUCUGGAGAGCAAAAAAAGAGUUUGGUUAAGGACAACGGAGCAGAUAUUAUCUUAUGUGCCGAUAUAGGUGACAAGUAUGCAUAUUAUCCUGCACAUCGUGCAAUUCUAGCCAAGUCUGAGUACUUUGAUACUCUAUUCCAAUCUUCGUUUGCAGAAAUGUCUGUUUUUGGAAAUUGCACUCUAGAUGAUUUAGGAAUAAUUGAUCUACAAUCUUUACUGGAUGAUCCUGAUUCAAUUCCUGUCGUUUCUCUACCCAUAUCGGCAUUCAAUGAUAAUGAAAAACUCCUAGAUAUCUCGCAAAGGAACCUUCAUUUGAUAGAAAUUCUCCUCUGCUUUUUAUACUGUGAUUAUGCUGAGAUCCCUCCUGACAUGGCGAUUGAUAUGAUUAUUCUUGCUGACUCUCUUUUCAUAGAAAGAUUGAAGACGUUGGCUGCCAUCACCAUUACUCGACUGAAAAAGGACUACGAUGAAGCUGCAAAUAUUUCAUUAUACGAUAUUAUAAGGGUGGCUUGGCAGACACGAAUGCAAAGACUUGAAACUGAAGUGGCCAUAAUCUUCAGUAUGGACCUUCCCAAGUAUGUAUCUGAUCCAGAAUUUGAAAAGAUUGUUUUGGAAUCUGCAGAAAGAAUUCAAUACAGAGAAGAUUACGAUACCAUUGAAUUGAUUGCAGAUAUUAAGUUCUACCUUAGGAAAAAGUACAGUAUAGACGACGAUGAGGGAACACUAGAUCCGGAUCCCAAAGGAGAUAUCGAGGACGAGAAUCUUCUCGAACGGGAUCAUUUGUACCGAGAAGAUUUGGCCUCAUUAGAUAAUUUAGUCGUGAAGUUGGGUUUGUAG